AGACGAAACAACUUUUGCCUUGCAACCUUCUUGAUAUUUAUUUGAGCUUCAACCGGCCAUUAUGAAGGGAGUCAACACAGCCGUCGGAGGCGUCCUUGCGACACUCAUUGGUCUGACACAGGCCAACUCUGAUAUCGUUUCCCUCUUCACCAAUGGCGCAGCGUACAUCCAAGAGGCUAGCGCAACUCUCGUUCUUCCCAAGCUUCCUAGCACUGUCUCGGGAGAUGUUGCCAUUUGGAGUGCCAUCAUGAUGGAGAAUGAGGCAUCCUUCCUGCAAGGCGUAACGUCAAACUCUCCUAGUGGAUCAUACUGUAACGACGGAGGAAAGAGUUGGUGCAACUUCGCGUAUACUCUGGUUGGCUCAAACCCCACGGUUGGUGACCCUGUCACUGCUUCUCCUGGAUCCACAGUCAGGACUCACUACAAGCUGAACUCGGCGACAAGCCUCUGGGACCAAGAUGUCUACAUAGACAACAAGCUUGCCUCAUCUGUAUCGACCAGCAAAGGACAGAAAGGGAACAUCUUUUACAUUUCUAUUGAAUGCGCGUCUGGCGGCUGCGCUGAGCACCCCGCCCACAGCUGGGAAGAUGUCUCCAUUGUGCUUAGCCAGGCUGAUCAAAGCUUCGGUCACACCGGAGGCUGGGAACAUGGUGCUACUGGCGGCGACAUGUCCACACCCGAUGGUGGUAAGACUUGGAACUUUAGUACUCUCAACAUUCCGGUACAGAAGGCCGAGUAA